AUUGCGGAUCGGGUCGGCGCCAUUUUGGGACGGAGACUGGUUGUGGGGGAGGGAAAAGCGGCAAAAGGGGAUUAUUCAAAGUACCGAGAUCCUUGUCCCGGGACCGAGCGCGGGCACCCCAGGCCGGGGGCACUUGCGGGGUGGCAGAAGGUGAUCGAAUUACUCAGAUAAGAAGAUCGUCGUCUAGGUUUUGCGAGAAAGGCCCCGGAUAUUUCAAGUGGCCAUUUUGGAAUUACAAUGUUUUUGGACAGUUUUGCCCCAGAAGUGGAUUCGAAUGGGCGAAAGUCACCUCGGAAGUGAAUUGAGAGCGGCGAGCAGCUCUGCGAGCCCCUGAGCACACCUGGGCGGUCCUCCGUGUUUGGGUUCAAACGCGUUGCCUAAGCGGCCGCGGCGGUUCGGCUGCCGGCGCCCCCCGCCCCCCCGCGGGGUCUCAGCCCGGAGCGGGGGCGAUGCGCGCCGGGCGCGCGGGGCGGUCGCGGAAGCUCCCGGCCGCUGUCUAACCACCGUCGCGGGUCCGCGGCCGCGCGUCCACCCCGUUACAACCCCCAGGACCGCAGCCCUCGGCCGAUGGGGCGGCUCUGCUAAUCGAUGAGGCCUGCGGGGCGGCGCGGCGAGUCUUUCCUUUGAUCUUUUUUUCACGUGAAACCUAAGAUGCUGCCGGCGCCCAGCGGCGCGGCGGCGCUGAGAUAGCCGGUCCCGGGAGCCCGCGUCCGGGAAUGCCCCGCGGACGUGUCGCGCCCUCCCCGCGCGUGCGUCUUGGCCCCUGAGUCGGACGUUCCCUCUCGAGCGGACACGCACGGCGGCGACGAGUACAUGGAAUAGUCGGGAAGGCCGCAGCCUCCUCCUUCCAGGGCCGGGCCGGCCGGCGGGCGGGCGGCCGCGCGAACCUCGGCGGCGGCGGCGGCAGCAUGGGCAGCUGACUGGCGGGGGCAACUCCAUGUCCAGUGGCCGCAGGUCGGGCAUCUUCAGAGAACUCGGACUUGACUUGAGAGGAUACAAAGUCAAAAAACAAACUGGAACACCCCGGGAGAACGGAGACAACCCCGACACCUUGCCGCGCGGCCCCGCUGGAGUGUAGAUUUCUGACACAAUUCUUUGGAGUGGUUUUAUGUCACAUUAAGACCUCAGUGUCAAACACCCAGGGCAUUACCAGAACAGAAACGGAGAGGAACUGCGCUGGGUGCGCUAAGAACUUCUGAAAUAACUUUAAAAGGACUGGCCAUGAGGUGUUGAAGCCUUGCUUCCCUGAGCCGGCGAGACUGGACCUAAAUGGCGCAGCAUGACUUUGCUCCGGCCUGGCUUAGUUUCCCCACCCCGCCGCCGCCAGCCAAGUCGUCACUGAGCUUCGAGAAGCCCUCUGAGAGCCUCUCCUGGGCGGAAGGCCGUUCCGACGCGCAUCGCCGCCGCCACAACUCCUCGGACGGCUUCGAUUCCGGCGCGGGGCGGCCGAACGGAGGUAACUUUGGAAGGAAAGAAAAAAACGGAUGGCGGUCGCACGGAAGAAAUGGAGCCGACAACAUAAAUCACCGGGGGGGAUACCACGGUGGGGGCGGCUCCCGUUCUCGCAGCAGCGGCUUCCACUGCGGGAAAGGCCCGGGCCUGCACGAAAACAGCGUCCCCGACAGCGACCCGGCGAGGAAGGAGGACAAGAGCGAGCGCAGGCAGUUUGAGGCCGAGGAUUUCCCGUCUUUAAAUCCUGAGUAUGAGAGAGAACCGAAUCAGAAUAAGUCUUUAGCUGCAGGCGUAUGGGGCCUACACGCCCAGACACACACAUACCCAACCAAAAAAAUCUCCCAAGCUCCUCUCUUAGAGUACCCUCCGAACCCUAAGUCUAGAGCCCCGAGGAUGCUGGUCAUUAAGAAGGGGAGUGCGAAAGGCUUCCAGCUCCCCGGCUUCCCGGGAGUCGGGAACCUUCCCUCGCAGCCAGUUAAGAACGGGGCUGGUCCCAGUGUUUAUAAAGGGCUAGUCCCUAAACCUGCUGCUCCACCUGCAAAACCUGCACAGUGGAAAAGCCAAGCUAAAGAGAGUAAAGUUGGGGCGUCUUUCUCCCAUGAGUCUACAUACGGUGUUGGCAACUUCAGUGCUUUUAAAUCAACUGCCAAGAAUUUUAGUCCAUCAACAACUUCAGUGAAAGAGUGUAACCGCUCCAAUUCCUCUUCGCCCGUGGACAAGCUCACUCAGCAGCCUCGCCUCACCAAGCUGACGCGGACGCGCACCGAUAAGAAGAGCGAGUUCCUGAAGGCGCUGAAACGGGACCGCGUGGAAGAGGAGCAUGAGGACGAGAGCCGCGCCGGCUCCGAGAAGGACGACGACUCAUUUAAUUUGCAUAACAGCAAUAGUGCUCACCAAGAAAGGGAUAUCAACCGAAACUUUGAUGAAAAUGAAGCCCCACAGGAGAACGGCAACGCCUCGGUGGUCUCCCAGCAGGUCGUCCGGUCUUCAGCCUUCCCGCAGAGCGAUGUGCUUUCGAGCUCUCUCGAGGCGGAACACAGGCUGCUGAAGGAGAUGGGCUGGCAGGAGGACAGCGAGAACGACGAGGCCUGCGCCCCCCUGACCGAGGACGAGAUGAGGGAGUUCCAGGUCAUCAGUGAGCAGUUACAGAAAAAUGGUCUGAGGAAAAAUGGUAUUUUGAAAAACGGCCUGAUCUGUGACUUCAAGUUUGGACCCUGGAAAAACUGCACUUUCAGGCCCACGAUCGAGAACGAGGACUCGGAGACAAGCAGCAGCGACACGUCGGACGACGACGACGUGUGAGCCGCGGCCCCCAGGCCAGCGCGCAGCCCCCCACGGCGGGGCGGUCGGGGCGGGGCGCUGGACCGCCGCAGCGAGCCCCCGCUAGAGGACGCUGGGGGGACUUCAGGACGAAGAAAACCGGGACUGUCGCGCUGGGCCGUGCUGCACGUGAUUUCUUUGUGAUGGGUGUUGUAGAAAUGAGGGCUCUGGGUGACCCCACGCUGACCCCUUCAUCACCGCAGCAGUUCUCUGACUAGCAAUGUGACGAUGUAACAGAUGAGACUUUCUCAUUCAAUAAUAAAAAAUUGUGUAAUGUUUUGCAAAGCUUCUGUCUUAAAAUGUCCAGGUCUUAAGAAAAAAAGGCAGCUCCCACUGCUUUGCUUGCAGAGUCGUGCCCUCCCAUGCAGUGGACAACCCUCAGGCCCGCUCCGUGUGCCCCGCCCCCAGGAGGACGCUGCGCGCGGCCCCGGCCGGAGCGGCCGCCGCUCGUCAGCCGCUCGCAGCGCGGGGAGAUCGCAGGAGAGACUGGCCACACUUCCUCCAAAUCGUACAAGGUGGUUUUCAAGAGCUUUAUUUGCAUAUGUUGUCAGACCAGGAUUUUCAGAGUUGAUGGAAAAGAGUUGUUGUGGGAAAACUUAUUUUGAUAACUUAUUACCCGUGCAGAGAAACCGAUCA